CCAAACCAAAAUGAAGCAACUAAGCAAAUGUUUUUUCUUUUCUCUUCUUUUCUCCAUUUAAAUUUAUACAUUUACUACCUUUAUUUAAAAACCAUGGAAAAUAUCUAUCAUUAUUAGUUGUUCAUUUUAAUAGGGCUAAACCUACCUCGACCAAAAAUCACGACCACGUCCGCGAACCCGUCGAGAGCAAAGGUAGCAGUACUAUUGAUACCGCCAAAAAAACAGCAAUGACAUCGACAAAAACAAGGGAGGGGGGAAGCGGCUUCUUUAGUGGACUCAGGAAUUCCAACAACAAGAAUGGAAACAAGGACAACAGUCAAAUGGUCAAAAUAAAAUACCAUAUAAUGGGUCAGAAUGAUGAAUAUUUUGAAGGACAUGUUAUAUGUAAAGAUAAAAUGUGGGUUGUCGCCAUUUAUAAUUGCAAGGAUUAUUUUCCUACUGGAGAAAAAUACUGGGAAGAUACAGUAUACAAAGAAAUAAUCACGAACCCCGAAGAUAUAAACAUUGAGAUUUAUUAUAAAGAAAUUGAUAAAAAGGAUGCAAAGGAUGGGGAGAAUAAAAAUAAUAAACAAACUACAAUGAAAUUAAAAAAUAAAGAGGGCAAAAAAUCUUUAAGCGAUGAAAAAUAUAAAAAUAUAAAAGAUAUGACGCAGAAGUGUAGAGGUGUUAUUAUUGGAAUCCAAGGAUAUAAAACAGGAAUAACUAAAUUUAAUGUUAUUGGUGAUCAUUAUGAAGCAAAAGAAUAUAAAAAGAAAAAAUGAACCAUUUUUUGUAAUGCAGUGUAGUGCCCAACACACAUUCCAAGCCUCUAUUGUUGCACAGGAUGAAGAUAUGGAAGUGGAUAUUGAAAUCGAGAAUCGCGAAACAGGUUUCCACCUGCGUGCCGAUUGAUAGGACACUAAUUGGAUCAUGCAGGUGUAAAUUAGGGAG